GUUUUUUCAUGUUUUAUUAUGGAGAAGGCAUGAGGCAUUUAACAGAGCACUGCAUAUCACUGAUUAAUCAUGACUAGAUGGGCCUUUUCUGUGCUGAAUUUUACAGUCUUUAUACUUCUGAGACAUACAUAUUUAUGUCUGGAUACCCAUAACACUUCAGAUUACAGUAUAGAUAUCGAUGUUGAUUAUGACCAGGAAUACGGAGAUUCUGACGUUGAAAUUCCACAGCUGAACAUUUCUAUAGUUGAUUAUUAUGAGCCUGAAUGGCUGUUUGAGCUCAGCGAUAUCCAAGAUGUCUGUAGUCCAAAUCCUUGUGCACAUAAUGAAACAUGUGAAGAAAGAAAUGAUGGCUAUCAGUGCAAUUGCUCUGCACCAUACACAGGAAAAGAUUGUCAUGUGGUAAAAGAUUACUGUGCAAGUAAACCAUGCACAUGUGGGAACUGUGUCAUAACUCAAGAAGCUCCCUACUACAAGUGCUUAUGCACAGAUGACGAUGAAGCACCACGAACAACGGUGCCUGGCGGUAGACGGUGCCCACAUUUCACACGUGGCAAAGACUGUUAUAAAGGCAGAGGCUUUCUUUAUAAGGGAUGUAUUAGAAAAACUGAGAGUGGAUUAAGAUGUCUGCCCUGGAACUCAUGGCUUCUGUUAAAACAAUCGAUCAAUGCCUUCAUGGAGGAUGCAGAGAGUUAUGGACUUGGAGAUCACAGUUAUUGCAGAAAUCCUGAUAAUGAUGUAAAACCAUGGUGCUUUGUAUUCCAAAAGCUAAAAGUGAAAUGGGAUUACUGUAAAAUUCCAAAAUGUAAGACACUACCACUACCAGAACCUCCAAAGAAACCACAGCCAGAGGAUUCUACAUGUGGGAAACCAGAGAUUAAAGAGAGUUUCAAGAGAAUUUAUGGUGGAAUUAAGUCAACUGCUGGAAAGCAUCCUUGGCAAGCAUCUCUACAGAUCAAACAAAGUUCUAACCUAACCACAGAAGGGCACUUCUGUGGUGGAACCUUAAUUGAAAAAUGUUGGGUUUUGACUGCUGGCCAUUGUAUUUUCACAAAUGCAAGUGCCAUCGAGGUAGUGCUUGGAGAUCAAGACCUGGAAAAAGAAGAAUUCCAUGAGCAGAGGUUUGAUGUGGAGGAAAUCAUUAGUCAUGAAGAGUAUAAUGAAGAUAAGGAAGGUAUUCCUCACAAUGAUAUUGCAUUGCUAAAACUAAAACCAGUUAAUGGCAAAUGUGCUGAAGAAACAAAGUACGUGAAGACAGCUUGUUUAGCAGAUCAAUCUUUUGUGGAUGGAACUAACUGCUACAUUUCAGGAUGGGGUGCCACAGAAAAAGCUGACUUCUCACCUCAGCUUCUGGAUGCCACAGUAAAACUAAUUCCUCAGAAAAAGUGUAAUUCGAAGAGAAUGUAUGACGGUAAUAUUGAUGAAGGAAUGCUGUGUGCUGGCUACAUGCACAGAGUUGGGACUGACACUUGUCAGGGUGACUCUGGAGGUCCAUUGGCAUGUGAGAAAGCUGGUCAUUACUACAUAUAUGGAGUUGUGAGCUGGGGCGACAGCUGUGGUCUGAAAAAUAAACCUGGUGUUUAUACACGUGUGACAAAAUACCUUGGAUGGAUAAACUCACACAUGGUUUGAGCAGAAAUCAAGUUGCAUUUGUUUUUUGUACUAGAAAGUAGUGAAACAUCAGCUGCAGUGUGAAUCUAUAAUAUUUCUGCACUGGGUAUAUUCUACUAUCAAGGAUUUGUCAUUGUAUUCAAUGUAAAAAGCAAUAUUUGGCUAACAAAAGAAUUUUUUACUGCUGUUUGUAAAUGACCUGUGCAGUAAAGUUCAGUACUGAAAAAAUUGUAAAUAAAGGAAAGUGUGAAACAAA